CGCAUCUUCUGCAUCAGUUGCAGUUCAGCUAUUCACCUUGAAAGUGAUUCCUCUAAUCGUUAUCGAUAUGGUUAAGUUUAUGGUAUUUGUUGCUCUUAUUAGUGUAGCAUUUGCUGCACCAGAACAUUACAUAAGCCCGGAAGGUGGCGCAGAAAUUAAGGGCUAUGCGGCUGACCUUCGACCAGAUGGGUCUUAUCGUUAUGCUUAUGAAACUUCAAAUGGAAUUGCUGCACAAGAGGAGGGAGUAGGCUCCCAUCAUGCCAACGGUGGAUUCUCUUACACUUCACCUGAAGGAAUACCCAUUAAAAUUGAAUAUACCGCGGAUGAAAACGGUUUCCAUCCAGAUGGUGCCCAUUUGCCCAUUCCACCACCAAUUCCAGAAGAAAUUUUGAAAUCACUGCAGUGGAAUGCUGCCCAUCCAGAAGAAGAUGAUCCACAAUAUGAAAUUCAUUCCAGACAUUUGUAGUAAUUUAGGAAGACCCAGUUAAAUGUUGUUUAUGUUAAUUGUUAGAAGUAACUAAAAAUUAUUAUUAUAAACAAGAUAAAAAAUUA